AUGCUUCACUUACGUCCCCAUAAUCUUCUGGUUCAAAAGACGCUUUCGGAGGCCCUGGAGGCCAACACCAACGGCACGCCUUUGACCCUUGACCGUAUAGUUUCCGACUUUGAUUACACAACUUUGCACAUUUCAAACGCGCCGGAAAACAAGGGUGUUUUGUGGUUGAGUAUCAGAACGAAAGCGUGGCAGAGUAUCUCGCAAUGCGGAAGUGGACUCGUCGAAUUCAUUCUAACAAAAUACUCGGGUUUAGGAGGUGUCUCUGCAGCGCGGACUGAGCCAGGUUACGAUUUCACACUCCAAGUCGAUCUGUCCGCGCUUCAACCAGAUGCUAUUGUGCAAUUGUCGCUUUUGAAAGUCAUCAUAAUGAGUUUCCCGUUCCAGCUUGCGUUCGACAAAGUUGCGCAGUUGAUGCAGCUGCCAGAGGGUUCAAACUCGACCGACGAAGUGCACAAGAUCCAGUACCGCGACGACGAGAAUAUUUUUAUCAAGCCUUCAAACGACCGUAUCACUGUCAUUUUUGAGACCUUUUUCCAAGACGAGACCGACAAAGUGUUCGGCAAAGUGUUCUUACAAGAGUUUGUUGACGCCAGGAAGAGAAACCGGAGCAUUCAGUCUGCGCCCCAGGUGCUGUUUUCGCACGAGGCACCGCUCGAGAUCAGCCGCGUCGUGAAUCAGGGCCGCUCCGAGAGGAGCAAACGUUUCAUCACGUUUGUCCUGUUCCCGCGCCAUUUCCAAACUCCAGAGCUCCAGUUUUCCUCAGUGUGCCAUUUGGCUUUGUUCAGAAACUAUUUCCAUUAUCACAUUAAGUGCUCCAAGGCGUUUAUGCAUACUAGAAUGAGAUACAGGGUCGAUUCGUUUAUCAAGGUGCUGAACAGAGCCAAAGUCGAUGAAGAAGACGAUGCACAAGGCGAUGCUUCCAGAAGAACAAUCUCUGGUCGGAAAAUGGUAUAUUGA